GAGCCAGUCAAUCGAGCAGUCAAUUGUAUUUUGUCCCAAAUGGGCCACGAGAUUAGGCUGACGCGUCUUCGGGAACAGCCACGCGUCGUCAAAUCUCAACGGUCCGACACAAUGAACACCGUCGACGUGCAACGAUUAAAAGCUGGGGAGAUCAAUCUUGGCACCUCCAUCAUGGCCGUUCAAUUUGAAGGUGGUGUGGUCAUAGGUGCUGACAGUCGGACAACUUCGGGAAGCUACAUUGCCAACCGUGUCACGGACAAGCUCACUCAUAUCCAUGAUAGGGUAUACUGCUGUCGCUCAGGCUCAGCAGCUGACACACAAGCAAUAGCUGAUAUUGUUCACUAUUACUUGCAGAUGUACGCGCAACAAUAUGAAGCACCACCUCCAGUUCAUACCGCCGCCGCUUUGUUCCAGAAACUUUGUUAUGACAACAAGGAUGUGCUCUCUGCUGGUAUUAUCGUUGCUGGGUGGGAUAAGGAACAAGGCCCAAGUGUAUACAAUAUCCCACUUGGGGGUGGUCUAUUUCGCCAACCUUGGGCAAUUGGCGGCUCUGGUUCAACAUAUGUGUAUGGUUACUGUGAUGCUACCUAUCGGGAAGGCUGGGGACGAGACGAAACUGUGGGAUUUGUAAAGAACACUCUUGCCCUUGCUAUGUCUCGUGAUGGAUCAUCAGGGGGAACAAUACGAAUGUGUGUGAUAACCGAGGGAGGUGUUGAAAGGAUUUUCAUUCCCGGGAACGAGCUGCCAACUUUCUGGGAAGGAAAAGAAAUCAUUAACGUUCCGCCGAAGAAGGGGGUCCAAGGGCAAAUGGAAAUUUAAGUGGAUG